UGCAGUAUAUAUAAAUACGAAGACGAAGGUCGGGGCAUUGCAGCAACAGCUCUGGAAAGAAAACCCUCAUCUGCAGUCCCCCUCCGUUUUUUCCCCCUUUUCCCAUUCCCUCCGUUACAUUCUCCGUCAUGGGAGCGGCCAUCCUCUCCGAUCUCCUGACGGAGAUUCUGAUUCCGGCAGCGGCCGUUAUCGGCAUCGCCUUCUCCCUCAUCCAAUGGGUCAUCGUCUCCCGCGUUAAGGUCACUCCCGAGCGCCAAUCUCCACCGUCCAAUAACAACAACAGCAGCAACAAGAACGGUGGAUACACUGACUACCUCAUCGAGGAGGAGGAAGGCCUCAACGACCACAACGUCGUCGUGAAAUGUGCUGAAAUACAGAACGCCAUCUCAGAAGGGGCAACUUCUUUCCUUUUCACCGAGUAUCAAUAUGUUGGGAUCUUCAUGAUUGCAUUUGCAAUCCUCAUCUUCCUCUUCCUUGGCUCUGUAGAAGGCUUCAGUACGAAGAGUCAGCCCUGCACCUAUAGCAAGGACAAGAUGUGCAAGUCUGCACUUGCAAAUGCCAUCUUCAGCACUAUAUCCUUCUUGCUCGGUGCAAUCACCUCAGUUGUUUCUGGCUUCCUUGGGAUGAAGAUUGCUACUUAUGCGAAUGCCAGAACAACUCUAGAGGCGAGGAAGGGUGUUGGAAAGGCUUUUAUCACCGCAUUCAGAUCUGGUGCUGUCAUGGGUUUUCUGCUUGCAGCAAAUGGCCUGUUGGUUCUUUACAUAGCUAUCAAUCUUUUCAAGUUGUACUAUGGUGAUGAUUGGGAAGGCCUUUUUGAAGCCAUUACUGGUUAUGGCCUUGGCGGGUCUUCCAUGGCUCUAUUUGGGAGAGUUGGUGGAGGCAUAUACACAAAAGCUGCGGAUGUUGGUGCAGAUCUUGUGGGUAAAGUUGAGAGGAACAUUCCCGAGGAUGACCCAAGAAACCCAGCCGUGAUUGCUGACAAUGUUGGUGACAAUGUCGGGGAUAUUGCUGGGAUGGGAUCUGAUCUUUUCGGCUCAUAUGCGGAGUCUUCUUGUGCCGCCCUUGUUGUUGCCUCUAUCUCAUCUUUUGGAAUCAACCAUGAUUUUACUGCAAUGUGUUAUCCCCUGCUCAUUAGCUCCAUGGGUAUCAUUGUUUGCUUGAUCACUACUCUUUUUGCAACCGAUUUCUUUGAAAUCAAGGCAGUGAAGGAGAUUGAGCCAGCAUUGAAGAAGCAGCUCAUCAUCUCCACUGCUCUGAUGACUGCUGGGAUCGCGAUUGUUAGUUGGAUCAGCCUCCCAUCAUCCUUCACAAUCUUCAAUUUUGGUGUCCAGAAGUCUGUGAAGAACUGGGAGCUGUUCUUCUGUGUCGCCAUUGGUUUAUGGGCCGGGCUGGUUAUUGGGUUUGUAACUGAAUAUUACACGAGCAAUGCAUACAGCCCCGUGCAAGAUGUUGCCGAUUCUUGCAGGACUGGAGCUGCCACUAAUGUUAUCUUUGGGCUUGCUCUGGGAUACAAAUCUGUCAUUAUUCCCAUUUUUGCUAUUGCAGUCAGCAUUUUUGUCAGUUUUAGCCUUGCUGCCAUGUAUGGCAUUGCAGUUGCUGCCCUUGGAAUGCUGAGCACUAUUGCCACUGGUUUGGCCAUUGAUGCAUAUGGCCCCAUCAGUGACAAUGCUGGAGGCAUUGCAGAGAUGGCGGGCAUGAGCCACAGGAUCCGUGAGAGAACUGAUGCCCUUGAUGCUGCAGGAAACACUACUGCUGCAAUUGGAAAGGGAUUUGCCAUUGGAUCCGCAGCCCUGGUGUCUCUGGCACUUUUUGGCGCCUUUGUGAGUCGUGCGGCGAUUUCAACAGUGGAUGUUCUGACCCCAAAGGUCUUCAUUGGGUUGAUUGUUGGUGCGAUGCUCCCAUAUUGGUUUUCGGCCAUGACAAUGAAGAGUGUGGGUAGUGCUGCCCUUAAAAUGGUAGAGGAGGUGCGCAGGCAGUUCAACACCAUACCAGGUCUCAUGGAGGGUCUUGCCAAACCUGACUAUGCAACCUGUGUCAAGAUCUCCACAGAUGCGUCGAUCAAGGAAAUGAUCCCACCAGGUGCACUGGUUAUGCUCACACCUCUCAUUGUUGGGACCUUCUUUGGUGUGGAAACUCUUUCAGGUGUCCUAGCAGGUUCCCUUGUUUCUGGAGUACAGAUUGCAAUCUCCGCAUCCAACACCGGCGGGGCAUGGGAUAAUGCCAAGAAGUACAUUGAGGCCGGUGCUUCGGAGCAUGCAAGGACGCUCGGCCCCAAGGGAUCAGACCCGCACAAGGCUGCUGUGAUUGGUGACACCAUUGGGGACCCACUUAAGGACACGUCAGGGCCAUCACUCAACAUUCUCAUAAAGCUCAUGGCUGUGGAGUCGCUGGUGUUUGCUCCUUUCUUUGCCAGGCAUGGAGGGCUGCUCUUCAAGAUAUUCUAGAGUGAAAGAGAAGAAACGAUGGGAGAUUAGUUUCUUUUCCUGGUAGCUACAGAGUCGAUAAAAGGACCCCCUAUUUUCGAUGAUUCUCCUCCCAUUUUCAUUUUAUUAGCUAAAUAUUUAGGUUGUAGUGGCAAUUACUUUGACGGCCCAUGAUUUUCUUGCUUUGACAUGGGCAAGAAAAUUUCGUCUUUUUUUUUUUUUCUUUUUUUUUUUCUCCCUUUUUAUAGAUUAGAUGGAGAUGGAUGGUGAUGAUUAUUCUUAUGAUGAUUAUUCUUAUUGUGGCAGAUGUAUUGGUGUGUAACGUCAUUGGAUUCCCUUCCCAUGAGAGAGAUAGUGAGGCGUUUAGAAAGAAAUAUCUUUUAUAUCA